AUGUGUCAUAAGCUAAGAAUAGCUGCGAAGAGAGGUAAGGAAGUAGAGGUUGAGAAGAAGAGGGAUAGUAUAGGAAGAUUUAUACUGUCUUUUUGUCCAUCAAUUGGUGUGUCAAAGAAGCCCAUUUACAGCUUGAGCAGUUCUGGAGCUUCAAGGAAGAUAGGUUUUUCUAGAGAAUGCGUAGGUAGAUUGAAACUAGAGUUGAAAGAGUUUCUUGCAUUGAUUAAAGUGACGACACCUUCUAGAUCCUUGAGUAUUACUAGCAAAGCGUGUCAUAAAGUUGAGAUUGUAUUUGAGGAUCGAAUAUCUAUGAUCAACUUGAUUUGCAUUCCCCUGAAAGGGAUUGAUGUGAUGGUCUGCAUGGAUUGGCUAGCAGCUAGUAAUGCUAUACUAGAUUAUGUUAGAAAGCUAGUGUCUUUGCUAGUAUUAUCGGCAGGAACUAGUUCUACUGAGCAGCUCAGAUUUUUAUCAAUUAUGCAAGCUGAGAAAUUAAUCAAAGAAGGGUAUGAUGAUUACAUGAUGAUUUUUGCAGUUAGCAGUGUUUAUGAUAAGGGUAUUGAGAAGAUUGGAGUAGUAAGUGAAUUUCUUAAGGUAUUUUCUGAGAAGAUGUCAAGAUUACCUUUGAAAAGAGAAGUUGAAUUCUUAAUAGAUUUGGUUCUUGGUACAAAACUAAUUUCUAAAGCUCCAUGUUCAAUGUCACCCUCAGAGUUGAGUGAGUUGAAGAGGCAGAUUAAAGAUUUGCUUGAUAAGGGUUUCAUUAAGCCGAGCAUAUCACCUUAG